AAAGAUUUUAAAUAUUCUUUAAAAUGUCGUAAAAGAAAGCUUAAAUCCAAGUGGAAUAAAAAGUGCCUGAGAGUAUUGUCAAGAAAACUUAAAGAGAUUCAAAAUUAAGAGACCUUGUUGUCAAGAGAAGAGCAGAGAGAUUGGGAUAAAACAAAGUUAGAAGAGCUUAAUUGGAGAAGAAUGCCCAAGCUUAUGAAGCAGAAUACAAGGCAUCCGAAAAGAGUUUAGUUGAUAGCAUUCGUAAGGCAAAGAGUGAAGGAGGAUUUUAUGUUCCAGCUGAGGCUAAGUUGAUGCUUAUCAUUAGAAUUAGAGGUAUCAACACAUUGAACCCAUAGGUGAGACAAACCCUAAGACUUUUGAAAUUGAGAUAAUUGCAUAAUGCUGCAUUUGUUAGAAUCAACAAAGCAACCAUUGAAAUGAUCAGAAAAGUAGAGCCAUACAUCACCUAUGGAUAUCCAUCAAGAACAGUGAUUAAGAAUUUGAUUUACAAGAGAGGAUAUGCCAAAGUUAAUGGUCAAAGAAUUCCAUUGACAUAAAACACAAUUAUUGAUUAAUAACUUGGAAAAUUAGGCAUUCACGGCAUUGAAGAUCUUAUCCAUGAGAUCACUACAGUGGGACCACAUUUCAAAGAAGCAAACAGAUUUUUAUGGGCAUUUAAAUUGAGAGGACCAAGAGGAGGAUUCAUUGCUAAGAGAAAAUCAUUCAUCAAUCAAGGAGAUUGGGGAAACAGAGAAGAUCUCAUCAAUGAUCUUGCCAAAAGAAUGAUCUGACAAUUGAGUAGAUUAAUAUCUAUACAGUAUAAUAAAUACAUUAACUUAUUAAAUCA